CUACAUAGACUGUCAAAAGAAGGGAAGCUAGACGUCAACAAGAACCUCAGUAAAUAUUUUUUUUCUCGUAGAUAAUGGCAAAUGGGUUUAUCGCAGAAUAAAUUUCAGAGUGACUUGGAACAAAUAUCUGGAUUUCUAGUAUUUUUCACAUAGGAAGGUUGGGAGUCUAUGAGUAGGGAUGCCUGUCGAAAGUGGAAGCAGUGCAGCCUCUCGCCAGGCCAAGCAGAAGCGCAAGUCCCACAGCCUGUCCAUCCGCCGGACCAACAGCACAGAGCAGGAGCGCACAGGUUUACAGAGGGAGAUGUUGGAGGGACAGGAUUCCAAAUUGCCAUUGUCUUUGAGAAGCAAUCUUCUGGACCUGUUUGGCCAGAUUGAGAGGGAGUUUGAAAACCUCUACAUUGAAAACAUUGAGUUACGUAGAGAGAUUGAAACACUGAACGAUCGUUUGACAGCUGAAGGACAAACCAUCGAUGGGGGAGAUUUGACAAAGGGGGCACUUAAAACAAAAGCAAGUCAUAGCACAAGUCAACUUUCACAAAAACUGAAGACCACUUAUAAGGCAUCUACAAGCAAGAUCGUUUCCAGUUUUAAAGCCACCACGUCCAGAGCCGUGUGCCAGCUGAUCAAGGAGUAUGUAGGUCACAGGGAUGGCAUAUGGGACCUGAGUGUCACCAGGACACAGCCCGUGGUGCUGGGCACAGCUUCGGCAGAUCACAGUGCCAUGCUAUGGAGCAUCGAGACUGGGAAGUGCCUCCUGAAGUAUGUGGGUCAUGCAGGAUCAGUUAACUCUAUCAAGUUCCAUCCCACGGAACAGAUGGCUCUUACAGCGUCUGGUGACCAGACAGCCCAUAUCUGGAGGUACAUGGUGCAGCUGCCCACCCCACAGCCUGUAGCCGACAUCAGUCAGACGCCCUGUGACGACGACAUAGACUUCUCAGAUAAGGACGAGGCUGACGGGGACGGUGAGGGCCCUAACGAGUGUCCCUCCAUCCGCAUGGCUUCCACUACCCUCAGGAGCCACCAGGGGGUUGUCAUCGCUGCAGACUGGCUGGUGGGGGGCAAGCAGGUGGUUACCGCCUCCUGGGAUCGGGCUGCCAACCUGUAUGAUGUGGAGACCUCUGAGCUCGUCCACUCACUCACUGGCCACGACCAGGAGCUGACCCAUUGCUGCACCCACCCCACUCAGCGUCUGGUGGUCACCUCAUCCAGAGACACCACCUUCCGUCUGUGGGACUUCAGAGACCCCUCCAUCCACUCUGUCAACGUGUUCCAGGGACACACCGACACGGUGACAUCAGCAGUGUUCACUGUGGGGGACAAUGUGGUGUCUGGGAGUGACGAUCGCACCGUCAAGGUCUGGGACCUCAAGAACAUGAGGUCACCCAUAGCUACAAUCCGCACAGACUCUGCAGUCAAUAGGAUAAGCGUGUCGGUGAGUCAAAGAAUCAUUGCUCUUCCUCACGACAAUCGACAAGUUCGGCUGUUUGACAUGUCAGGAGUGCGGCUGGCUCGACUCCCACACAGCAACAGACAGGGCCACCGGCGCAUGGUGUGCUGCUCAGCCUGGUGUGAAGACAACUCCUCCUGUAACCUGUUCAGCUGUGGCUUUGACAGGCAGGCCAUUGGAUGGAACAUCAACAUCCCAGCUCUGCUGCAGGAGAAGUGAGCCCAGCCCAGACAGCCCUGAGCCAUCCGCCUGGCCCACUGAACCCCAUGUUAAGAGCUGAUCCCUGGUCAGUUCAGUUAGAUGUCACCACCCUCAGGCAGGGAGGGGAGAAGAUCGAUCGAGGACCACUCUCUCUCUGUGUCAAGUAUUCAUGUUCUUCUCACACUCCAAAUGCGGUCAGUCUGGUCUGCAUAGUUUGAAUAUACAUACCGUACUACAUACAUGUGUGAUGGUGUGUGGUGGUUUUCAAACUUGCCCAUGUAUGUACAGAAAAUGUAAAAGACUACUCUCUGCUUUGUUGUUGGGCUUGUUUUGAUCAGUUUAUUCAUGACUUUCCUUCUGAAGAUAAAUAGCACUGACAUAAAGAAGGUACGGGGGGAUAUUGUAGGCACCCUAAUUUUCAGUUCAGAAUAGGUCAGGCACCUUUUUGAUGGUGUAGCCUCGUUGAUAAUGAGCAGCAUUUCAUGGAGACUUGUGUUAGUACUGAAAUGCCACACAUCUACUUUCGAAUCCACCUCAACCGCUCAGAAGUACAGCUAGCCAAGCUACUGCAUAUCUCUGUGCCAUUUCGGCAGAGCCAUACUUUGACCAUCUAUUGGUGAUCAACUGAGCACUGAAUAAGGAACAUGCAGAGCUGCUAAGGUACAGUGUUCAAGUGGCUCUGUCAUGCACCUUUUAGAACCAAUAGCUGUUACAAUUGUAUUUGUUGUUAAAAACUGUUUUAGCCAAAAUACCAUUGCAGCUUUUGUACAGACUUGACAGAAUCCUACUCUUGAGUCCUAGACAGUAUGUUGUACCAGUGGAUUAAAUUGUGUAAACACCCCAUGUUUAGAGGUUGAGGUUGAUCGUCUUCACCAUUUUAAUAGGCACUUCAUUCAGGUUGAGGUUGAUCGUCUUCACCGUUUUAAUAGGCACUUCAUUCAGGUUGAGGUUGAUCGUCUUCACCAUUUUAAUAGGCACUUCAUUCAGGUUGAGGUUGAUCGUCUUCACCAUUUUAAUAGGCACUUCAUUCAGGUUGAGGUUGAUCGUCUUCACCAUUUUAAUAGGCACUUCAUUCAGGUUGAGGUUGAUCGUCUUCACCAUUUUAAUAGGCACUUCAUUCAUGUUGAGGUUGAUCGUCUUCACCAUUUUAAUAGGCACUUCAUUCAGGUUGAGGUUGAUCGUCUUCACCAUUUUAAUAGGCACUUCAUUCAGGUUGAGGUUGAUCGUCUUCACCAUUUUAAUAGGCACUUCAUUCAUGUUGAGGUUGAUCGUCUUCACCAUUUUAAUAGGCACUUCAUUCAGGUUGAGGUUGAUCGUCUUCACCAUUUUAAUAGGCACUUCAUUCAUGUUGAGGUUGAUCGUCUUCACCAUUUUAAUAGGCACUUCAUUCAGGUUGAGGUUGAUCGUCUUCACCAUUUUAAUAGGCACUUCAUUCAGGUUGAGGUUGAUCGUCUUCACCAUUUUAAUAGGCACUUCAUUCAGGUUGAGGUUGAUCGUCUUCACCAUUUUAAUAGGCACUUCAUUCAGGUUGAGGUUGAUCGUCUUCACCGUUUUAAUAGGCACUUCAUUCAGGUUGAGGUUGAUCGUCUUCACCAUUUUAAUAGGCACUUCAUUCAGGUUGAGGUUGAUCGUCUUCACCAUUUUAAUAGGCACUUCAUUCAGGUUGAGGUUGAUCGUCUUCACCGUUUUAAUAGGCACUUCAUUCAUGUUGAGGUUGAUCAUCUUCACCGUUUUAAUAGGCACUUCAUUCGUGUGUAAUAAUCAUAAAUGAGUCUUAGAAAGUAAGACGUCAUGAAAUUGCUGUAGAGUUUACAAACAAUAAUAUGUGAAGUGUUUCUUAGAAUUAGUCAGUAUUGAACCUGUUACAGGGAUAUAUAGGUCAGUAAUUUGUUACCACGCGGUACUUCCUUGCGUAAGUGGGAUCUCUAAGAGCGUUCUAAUGCAAUAGCUCUAACAUGCUUGGUGUGCUCAGUGAUCAUGGCGUUAAUUUCUGCGUAGAAAACUAAAAGAAGAAGAGAUUAUUAUAUGUUUGAGGUAAGUGUGAUGUCAUAAAGUAGCUGUGUCUGUUUUUUAGAGAAAGAGAAUCAAUGUUGAACUUGAAAACAUUUUGAGUGUAAUUGUCUGUGAGAGUCACUUGGCAGGCAGCACAGUUGACUUGGUUACAUUCCUGCACUUACGCAGACUAAUUAUACAAAAUGAUGUAUCUAUCUCAUGAGAAAAGCCAGCUUUAUUGCAGUCGUAAAUGCUUCUGUAGAGACUUGGAUAUGCUUUGUGUUUUGCCAACUUGUAACAACAUAUUGACUAUUGAUAUUUAUACAAGAAGUCACGUUGAACAUCUUUUAUCCCAUUAUGGAAUCGUUAUUGUGACAAAAUAAAGUGGUUCCAGGUGUAGGCUCACGGUUCUAAGUGAGCGUAAUUUUCCUUCCACAAUAAAUUUCACAUCUGGAGAAAAUUAAA